CGCGCGAAAUUUAUAUCAUUUACAUUUCGCGUCUUUUGAGCCCGUGAUAUAUACAUCCUCCUGAUAUAUACAGCGAAUGACAUGCCUUCAAUAAUGACAUUCGGCACCGCCGUCGAGAAUUCUAAAGAAUGCACGAAAAUCGUGAAAUCGGAAAUUGUAUCUCGGUGGAGAAGUGAGAACAGGAGCCAUAUCACGCCAUAUUAAAGAAGUGAAGUCAGAAAUGUCGCGAUCUUCCCUCGCGUAAUAAUACUCUAUUUUCUGAUUUUCCGCGCUGUUAUCCGCUCUCUGUAAAAUUUCACGGCACACAUGCGUGUGAUCUGUGCCAUUAUAUCUGGAACGCUAUAUUUAUGAACGUUCUUUUCGUAGCUGUUGAUAUCGCAUUGGUGUUGAUCGGUAUCACUAGCAAUCAACGAGGCCUGCACGCGUGAAGUUACAUUAUUUGUAUCCGAUUAAGUCGCGAGCGACACGCGAGAUGGAAUUGAUCAGAGGUCUGUGGAGGAAAUCCGCUGUCAUGUACAAGAGCGGGAUGCAGUGUAUAUCCUUGAGACACAACGGUACUACAACGUCGAACGUGGCCGAGGUGGCGGUGUUCUCGCGAGACGGCGACUCCGGAUUGACGAUCACGGAUGCCGGAGAUACGAAACCGAAGGACGACAUGAUCUUCAAUGCUCUCGGGGCGACUGACGAGCUGUCAUCCUACAUAGGACUGGCGAGGGAGUUUGCCUGCGACGGGAAGGUCGAACAUCCGUAUGUCGACAAGCUCAAGAGAGUGCAAAUGAUCCUGUUUGACCUGAGCCAUGCCAUAUCGAAGUCCGUACCUGGAAAGACCCGGUCUUUCGAGAGCAAACACACCAAGGAUUUGGAGGAGUGGAUUCUCGAAUAUGCGAAUCAGCUUCCUCCUCCUGAGGAUUAUAUCAUUCCAGGUGGCGGAAAGGCUUGUGCUUCCCUGCACGUCGCACGAACGGUAUGCAGACGUGCUGAGCGAAGUAUCACGACGCUAGUACGAGACGGUGCUCUAGAUAAGGAAGCACAAACGUAUUUGAAUCGAUUAUCAGACUUCCUUUUAACAGUAUCACGUAUUGCGGCCAAAUGUGAUCAACGCACGGAAAAUAUUUAUAUUCCACGUGCAGAAGUGACAGAAGAGAAGUGAAAGGACUGAUUUACAAAUUUUUGUAGGCUAUUGAUUAUUUGCACACUGACGUAAUAUACAAAAUUUACACACACACACACAUACGCGCGCACGCGCGUAUAUAUAAAACACAGUUACAGAUAUAAAGAGUAUAGCGGGUUAAGGAGGUGAUUUCGGGCCCCGCGCGUAAUCGAUCGUUAUAGUGGGUAAAAUGUCCACCCAGAUAAAAGAAAAUUUUGUGUCAAGUUUCAUUUCAAAAGACCCACACAAU